GCUUUUUUUCCUCCACAUGUGCGCAGCCAACUGCGUCUGCUACGCGCCUUGUUUCGCUCUGACCUUGCCGCGCGGUGUUGGCCGACGGAAAUCGUCAGAUCGCUCGAGUACGCGUUUGAUAAAAUCCGAGUGGAACCGCAUUCGAACAGCUGUUGCGUGCCAUGCGGCCGGAAGUGCCCGUGCGACUGCUACUUUUCGCCAAGGCCCGCGAACUGGCCGGCGCCUCUGAGGCUUCGCUCGUCGUGCCAGCCGUGCUUCGAGACGUCGAGGAGCUGAAAAAGGUAAUCUUCGACGCCUUCCCAAAGCUUGCGGUGCUGCAGCGGACCGCCGUGAUCGCAGUCAACGAGUCGUACGUCGAUUCGGGAGUCGAGGUGACGCUGCGACAAGGAGACGAGGUCGCCUUCAUACCUCCUAUCAGCGGCGGUUGAUCCCGCCAUCUGAAGCAACCCGUUUGGCCCCGCCUGCUGUGACAUGGAUUACGUAGAACUGUCGGCGGGCAAGCUAGACGUCGAUACGUUGUUGGCCAAGGUCGGAUCUCCGGACUGCGGUGCCAUUUCGCUUUUCCUCGGCACGACGCGAAACCACUUCGAGGGAAAGCGUGUUUGCAAGCUGAGCUACGAGGCGUACUCUCCCAUGGCGAAACGUGAGAUGCUCCGCAUCUGUGGUUCUGUGCGGAGACAAUGGCGCGUCAAGAACGUCGUCCUCAUUCA